AUGCCGUCUAGCCUCGACCAACUUUGGUGCACUCUUGUCACAGCAAACCACAUUCUUGACUGUUUCUCGCUAGUGACUGGAUAUGGGCACAUCUCUGCUCGCAAUCCUCUGACCAACACCACAUUCUUCUUCGAUCCUGUCGAUCCGCCAUCGCUCAUCACCUCGAGCGCUGGCUAUCUCGAAUGGAACAUUUCCAAUGUAGCUUAUAUCGUGAACGGAUCUGUUUCGUUGUCGCCAAGCUCAGAAAUAUGGAUCCACCAAGCUAUCUACAAGAGAUAUCCAAGCAUCAACAGCGUUGUCCACAGCCACUCUCGAGCGGUCUUGCCAUUCGCGGACACCAACAUCCCUCUCGUGCCUCAGUUCAACCUUGAAGCCGUGCUUGGUCAACAAGUCCCAGUCUUCGAUAUCGCCGACUACUACGCCCCGAACGAGUCACACAGUUUUCUUGUCAAUCUGCCACACUUGGGUGCAGCAUUGGCAGAUACGUUCUCUACACCUGAGAACAACGCAACCAGGCGAAACAAUCUACCGGAUUAUCCAGUCGUGUUGCAGAGGGCGCAUGGACUCUCAGCUGCAGCGACGAGCAUAGAACAUGCAGUUUGGGCUGCUUGGUCUGCGCAAGACGCGGCCAACAUAGCCAGCAAUAGCUUGACAGUACUUGGCGCCUACCAAGGCAGUGCUGCAAGAUUGACCAACUUCACUGAGCAAGAGCUGAGAGAUAGUAUGGCUUUGGGUCACAGUGGUGAGGUCAAAGAUUGGCCAUGGUUUGUCGAUCAAGUCAGGAGAAAAGGAGGUUACAGUAAUGACGCUUGUUGA